AUGUGGAAAAGACCGAAACACCCAGGAGCGUGUCACGAAUGCCGCAAAAGGAGGCUUAAGUGUGACGAAGCCAAGCCUCGCUGCUUGAAGUGCGAGAAGAACAGGCGUGUUUGCCCAGGAUACACCAACUGGUCGGAGCUUGCUGUUCGUGACAUGACAGCAUCGACGAUUAGUCGGUUCCACGGUGCGAAAUCCAACGCAAGUAAUGGCAGUACCAGAUCUAGGGAAGUGGCUGAACGCCAUUCUCUUAACUUUGGGCAAACAGGAGACAGACCGGAUGCGUCAUCGCCCACUUCUAACGCCAAAACCUCAACGAUUUUGAGAAACCCCAUCGUCCCCCUUGAGGACCAAGCUCUCUGCUACCUCCGAUUGCACUUCAUUGAUAGCUUCUCCCAGGGUCUUGACCCAGGAUACUCCCAUGUUUUGCGUCUAGUCUUGCAACUUGAUAAAAUGGGCGACUAUCUGUCCACCUGUGUAUCAGCUGCUGCACUGGGCGUCUUUUCCACUCGGCCAAACGCCAAAGUAGUCGAAGUGGCAGCUCACAAGAUGUAUACCAUUGCCCUGUCUCGAAUUAACUUUGCUAUCAGAGAUCGGCAUGCGGUGGAGGACGAUAGAAUCUUGGCCUCAGUUCUGAUGCUAGCAUUCUACGAGAUCUUUCGGUCGAACAAGCUUACAGGUUUCUAUAAUCAUAUAUUCGGUGCAGCCUCUAUGAUAAAAUCCCGUGGCGAACGCGUGGUCCAUGACAAACUUACCGCGGAACUCUAUCUUCUCGUACGAUAUGAGCUGUGUAGGACAUCUAUACUUGGCUUCGCGACGCCUUCCAACGCUGAUCUUGGCAUGUGGCUCAAGUGGAGGAAUACUGUCAGCUAUGCGACGUUCUCGCCAACCUACCUCUCCGCAGUAGGCCAGUACUCGGGCGGUGAGCUUGAUCACCUUGUGCGCUCCAGAAUGGAUUUUAUCAUUACUGGCAACCCCAUCACGGAGACAAUCAACAGGGAUGGUUUUCCAAAGGAGCCCAUCGCAGCUCAAGGUCUGGUGAAGAUAGCAGUGGAUUAUAUCAAAUAUGUGAUAGAUGGCUUUACUGAUAUGGAGACAGAGGGAUUCGUGACGCAAGGAUCAAGACCCCUUCGCCUGCCAUGUCCCAUCCAGCGGGACUCAACCUAUCCCGGAGCGUAUCCAAAUACACCGAUCUACGUCUAUAAGACCGUCCACCACGCGAGCUUUCAUCUGGCUAUAUGUCUGGCGAGGGUAUCAUGUUUUACCCACCUGAUGGCCUUGACUUCCCAGCUGGGAUGCUCAGCUCGUGUCGAACAAAUGCCUGUAUAUAAAGUUUUGACCCGGCGCGUGCAGGAUGACAUUGAGACAAUUGUCAGCAGUGUACCGUUCGUAUGCGGUUGGACCGCUGAUGGUGUACAAGCUUUCUCAGGGAGUUCUGAAAGCAGCGAAGCUACGUUGCCGGCCCUGGCAACAUCAUUCGCCACAAGCUUCGUUAUAUGGGCGCUUAUUGGCCCUGCAACAUGUCCACUGGCAACGGAUAACCAGAGAACCUACUUGAUGCACAUGCUACGAUACAUAGCGAACGUGCGCCGCGUCCGCCAAGCAGAAGCGCUACUUGAUGUCACUGCUCAAACUACAACGAGAUUGACGCUCUCUCGGUGGCAUCACACCGUACUCACGCCAGGAAAUGUCAACAUCCCUGCGUCUUGGAUUGGACAAGGCACGAGCCUGGAAGCAGAGAUAUACCGAAGUUCACAAGAUCUACCCUCCUCAGGUACCAAGAACUAG